AUGUACGACGAUGCGAAUGAGGUCGAGAUGAGAGAUUAUCGGGAGCUAAGCGAUAAGGAGGAUGAUCAUAUAGGGAAUCGGGACACAUACGACGUUGCAGCUGCUGAGUUUACUGAAGUGGAGGAAACACUCCUUCCAAAUGGCGCUACUCUUGUUCCUGUCAUACUCAGCUCAGAUAAGACUCAGCUCUGCCAAUUUCGAGGUGAUAAAACCGCAUACCCUGUCUACCUCACUAUUGGCAAUAUUUUGAAGUCCAUUCGCCGCAGGCCAUCGUUCCGUGCUCAGAAACUUAUCGGCUACCUUCCGACCCUCUUUCAUUAUGUCAUGCAGAUAGUUACCGGCUUGCUUUGCACUGAAUCUCUGACCAACGGGAUAGAGCUUAUAAGUGGAGAUGGGGCAGUGCGCCUCGUAUCUCCUGUGCUCGCUGCCUACGUGGCAGAUUAUCCAGAGCAAGCCUUGGUGACGUGCACGCGCUACACCCAAACAUGUCCCAAGUGCUUUGUUACUAAGGAUGAGCUAGGUGAUCAUGUCACCGGAAACCCACGACAGCAGAAACAGUCAAUUCGCACCAUCUGCCAUGCUAGCCAGCAAUCAACAAGAGUUCACGCUGAAGCAGCUGUGAGAGACCAUGGCGUAAAUCUCAUUCUCGACCCUUUCUGGAUUGGGCUGCUACACUGUAAUAUUCAUGAUGCCAUCACUCCAGACAUUCUUCAUCAAAUGUACCAAGGCCUUGUCAAGCACCUUUGUGGGUGGAUUCAGACCCUUGUUGGCAAUGCAGAGUUGGACGCUCACUUUAAGCGCAUGCCUCGUGUGCACGGCGUCCGUCUGUUCUCACAUGGUAUAUCUGGCCUCACCCAAGUUUCUCGUCCAGAACAUCAUGAAAUAUGUAUAGGAAGCUAG